AUGGUUGAGGGCAUUGCGGAAUAUGGAAGAGGGUUCAAGCCUCCUUCAAUGCAUGAGUUAAGAACUUGGAUACUUAAAGCUGAGGUUGAUGGCAUCAACCUAAUAUAUGAGGAGCAUAAAAAGGCAUGGAAAAAAUAUGGAUGCACUAUUAUGUCCGAUGGUUGGACGGAUGGAAAGAAUAGAAGUUUGAUCAAUUUUUUAGUAAAUAGUCCCGCCGGCACUUUCUUUUUGAAAUCUAUUGAUGCAUCAGAUUCUAUUAAAAAUGGGGAAUUGAUCUUUAAAUAUCUUAAUGAUGUUGUUGAUGAGGUGGGAGAGGAAAAUGUAAUUCAAAUUGUCACGGAUAAUGCUUCGAAUUGCAUUAAGGCGGGGAAAAAAAUUAUGGAGACUAGACAUAGAAUUUGGUGGACACCUUGUGCGGCGCAUUGCAUUGAUCUAAUGUUGGAGGAUAUUGCAAAGUUGAAGAUUUUUUCUGACACAAUUGAGCAUGCUAAGAUGGUUGUGAAGUUCCUUUAUGGUCAUGGGACUAUACUUUCUUUGAUGAGAAAGUAUACAAACGGUAAAGAAAUUCUCCGUCCCGCUGUUACUCGCUUUGCUACUUCAUUUCUCACUCUUCAGAGUAUGUAUAAGGUUAAAAGGCCACUUGAACAAAUGUUUGCUUCCGAAGAUUGGUGUGUUAAGGGAAGUUGA